UAGGGGCUUCUUUAUGCCAUACGGCCCAGACAGUAGCUCCCUUGCUGCGUGGUGUGGCAACUUGAUUUUAGGAGUAGCCUGUGGGCACUCAGCCUAGAGCAGUUUCUUCAUCUUCCAGUGAAUCUCCAGGCUACUAAAUACCCUGUGUGGAGUCUCUUCCUGCUUAAAUUGAGCAAGUAAACCCUGAGCUGCAUAUUCCCCUCAGCCUCACCCUGCUGGUGGUGACAUCCUGGAGAACAGUUGGCUCAGCUCUCUAGGAGGACUACAGUGGCUCCCAUAGGCCACGUGUGGAACUAGGCCCACAGGGCAAGGGCUCCUGCCUAUCCCCACCUUCCUAGUUCUGGUGUGCCUGGACACCAUGAAGAUGCUGCGCCCAGCCCUCCCUAGCUGCUUCCUGUUAGCACUGCUUGGAAUCUGGAGAACUGCUCCCCAGACUCACGCCUCAUCUGCCUCUACAGUGCCUCUGAGUGCUACCUCUUUCCUGGAUGAUCUUAUGCAGCGCUAUGGUGAGGGUAACAGCCUCACCCUGUCACAGCUGAAGGCCCUGCUUAACCACCUGGAUGUGGGAGUAGGCCGAUAUAAUGUCACCCUGUUGGAGCAAGGACCGAGGAACCUCUCCACGUGCUUCAGUUCUGGAGACCUCUUUACAGCCCACAAUUUCAGCGAGCGGACUCGGAUCGGGAAGAGCGAGUUGCAGGAGUUUUGCCCCACCGUUCUCCAACAGCUGGAUUCCCAGGCCUGCACCUCAGAAAACCAGGAAAAUGAGGAAAACGAGCAGACGGAGGAGGGGAAGCCAAGUGCCAUUGAAGUAUGGGGGUACGGUCUCCUCUGUGUCACCGUCAUCUCCCUCUGCUCCCUCAUGGGGGCCAGCGUGGUGCCCUUCAUGAAGAAGACUUUUUACAAGAGGCUGCUGCUCUACUUCAUAGCUCUGGCGAUUGGAACCCUCUACUCCAACGCCCUCUUCCAGCUCAUCCCCGAGGCUUUUGGGUUCAAUCCCGUGGAAGAUUACUAUGUCUCCAAGUCUGCAGUGGUGUUUGGGGGUUUCUACCUUUUCUUUUUCACAGAGAAGAUCUUGAAGAUGCUCCUUAAGCAGAAAAAUGAGCACCACCAUGGACAUAACCAUUUUGCCUCUGAGACGCUUCCUUCCAAGAAAGACCAGGAGGAGGGGGUGACAGAGAAGCUGCAAAAUGGGGAUCUGGACCACAUGAUUCCUCAGCAUUGCAACAGCGAGUUGGAUGGCAAGGCCCCUAGCAUGGACGAGAAGGUCAUUGUGGGCUCGUUGUCCGUGCAGGACCUACAGGCAUCCCAGAGUGCCUGCUACUGGCUCAAAGGGGUCCGCUACUCUGAUAUUGGUACCCUGGCCUGGAUGAUCACCCUGAGUGAUGGCCUUCACAAUUUCAUUGAUGGUCUGGCCAUUGGUGCCUCCUUCACUGUGUCUGUAUUCCAAGGCAUCAGCACGUCGGUGGCCAUUCUCUGUGAGGAGUUCCCACAUGAGCUGGGAGACUUCGUCAUCCUGCUCAAUGCUGGCAUGAGCAUCCAGCAGGCUCUCUUCUUCAACUUCCUGUCUGCCUGCUGUUGCUAUGUGGGUCUGGCCUUUGGCAUCCUGGCUGGCAGCCAUUUUUCUCCCAACUGGAUUUUUGCACUGGCUGGCGGAAUGUUCUUGUAUAUUGCUCUGGCUGAUAUGUUCCCUGAGAUGAACGAGGUCUGUCGAGAAGAUGAAAGGAAGGGUACCUUCUUGGUCCCCUUUGUUAUCCAGAAUCUUGGCCUCCUAACAGGCUUCACCAUCAUGCUGGUUCUCACUAUGUAUUCAGGACAGAUCCAGAUUGGGUAGGACCUUGCUGGGAGCCAGUGGAAUGGCACAUCGGGCUCUGGGCUGCCUGGUCCCUGGCCUGAGGACUCAGCAUCCACAAAGCACCAUGGAAAAGGCAGUUCUUUAAAAACUGGCACAGACUUCCCGCCUGCAUUCAGAUGUCAGCUGUUUUAAACUACUCUUUCCUAGGAAGAAGCCGCCCUGGUAACUGUUCUCUAGGCAGUUCCUCAAACCCUUUCCCCACCCUCUUCCACACAGUGAUUCUGGAACUGAAAUGCCAUGUGCAGGACAAGUCUCCCUUUUCCUCUGGUCACCCUCGUCUCUUUCUCUUGAAAUCAGCCCUAAGAGAUGUUGAAUCUUUUAUGAUGUUAAAAAAAAAAAAAUUUCAGAGGUCAUGGUUCAUUUAGAAACAUCAGGGUAACAUCCUACUUUGGGGCCUGUGAUUCUAAAUGUGUACCCUGGUCUUUAAGCUGGUUCUUCUUGACACCGUUCUUGUGUUCUUGUAGCAAAAGGGCAAGAGACAGGAAUCCCUCCCGUUUUUUAUUUUCAGAGUCUGUCCAAAAGAAGACUGAUGGUCCCAGCAGAUGAGUAGGGCAGGUAGAGACAGGGAGGAAGUACAACCAGUGAUGUCUUGUCUCCUCAGUGCUCCUUGGUUUCCAUUUAGAUGGCAGAUACUGCUAGUGGGCAGUACCUAUAUCAUGUAACCUGCCAGGUGAGCCAGUAGGUUGCAUAGACCACCUCUUUCAGAUUAACACUGACAGAAUGGAGGGGCAGGAGGCCUGCAAGAAAUCAGUUGGUUUGCAGUGAUUCGCACAUCCUCUCUCAGCUCCCUUUUUCUAGAUAACUUUAGGUGCCUCACUAGGAGCACAUUCUCAGCACAUUUAAGAUGUUUGUAAUAGUGGAGAAACUGCACAAAUUUACCUCCCCUGGUCAAGACUUCUGCCAAGUGGAAGCUGACUUAUAGAAUCGGAAUACAUUUAUGUUUCACUGUGACAAAGGUAAUCAGAAGUGGAAUUGGUAGCAAGCAAAACUCAGAACUUGCUAAUUGCAGAAAUAAAAGUUGAAUACCAGGGGACUCUGGACCAUGAGCUCAAACAUUCAGGUCUGGCCACUGUAGACAUCAUGAUUGCCCAUGGGUUCAAAGGGCACUGUCUAGCUCCAGUUCCUCCCUGGCCCCAGACAACAAGAUUGAAUCCUGAACUGAACCAAGUAUAAAUUGCUUUUAUUCUUUCCAGAAAGCCAAUGGGUAUGCUUGUCUUUAACACUAUAGGCCAGCCUCAGGCACUGUGGAACCCCUUCCUCACAGCCCUGCCUUCCAGGGGAGCCAAUCUCCAGGUUCACUAGGUGAAUUAAUUAAUUUAUUAUUAUCAUAUUGAUAAUGUGGAUUCCUUAGCCACUUUGGGGAGCCUAUCUCUCCUAGAGCCUUUGUUAGUGGUGCCCACAGUCAGAGCCCAGGGGCCGUGUCACAUGACUGACAAAGAAUAUUUCAUUGCCAACGCCUGAGUUUUUCUGUUUUUGCCACAGAAAAACUGUCCACUGUUAGAAAUUAAGAACAGCAUCUAUUUUUUUCCCCCUUCUUUUUGGAGAAACAUCCCUCAAACCAGGAAUAUUCCUAAGAAGAAGACACCUCAGAUAGCUGCUGGUGACACUUGCUCAGUUUCUCUCCUGAUCUUGGCCUUGGGUGGAUUUGAGAACAGACAGAAGGAGGAAGAAACUUCAGUAGUCAAGGUCUAGAUCGAAUGUCAGGAUUACCAGUUUUACCAAAGAACCAAUUCCUUGAAUGUCAGAAGCUGACUUUUUAUAUUAUCGCUUAUCAUCGUCAUUGUUGUUAUUGUUUGAAAAUUAUUCUUUGUCUUUGCUGUUUUAUUUUUCCUCAAACUGCUUUCAGGAGUUAGCAGAAAAUGACACUCAAAAUUUAAGGCUCAGGCCCGGUGUGGUGGCACAUGCUUUUAAUCCCAGCACUCUUUUAAUCCCAGCAAAAAAUAAAUAAAUUUAAGGCUCAGCCAGGUGUGGUCAGGGGCAUCUAUAAUCCCAGCUUUUGAGAGGUGAGGUCAGGAGGAUCAAGUUUGAUACCAACCUGGGCUGCAUAGUGAGUUUCAGGCCAGCAUGGGCUACGUAGAGACCUUGUCUCAACAGGACAAAAUACAAAUAAAAAUGUAAAAUUUAAGACUCUAGGACUUAGGGUAUGACUCAGCGGGAGAGCUCUUGCUUGGUAUGUUUGAGGCCCUAAGUUUCAUUCCUACCUAGUACCACCACUACCUAAAAAAAAAAAAAAAAAUAGCUGGGCAUGGUGGCACACACCUUUAAUCCCAGCACUUGGGAGGCAGAGGCAGGUGGAUCUCUGUAAAUUCAAGGCCACCCUGGUCCACAUAGUGACUUCCAGGACAGCUGGGGAUACAGGGAGACCCUGUCUCAAAACAAAAACAAAAUGAAAAAAUAAGUAAAAGUGGGAGAUUUGACUUUACCUAGCUUACAUUGUUGUAUUACAAUUUUAAUUUUAUCAUUCGCUAUAGAUCCUGUCAUUCCUUAAAAACACCCUUUGUCGGCCGGGCGUGGUGGCACAUGCCUUUAAUCCCAGCACUUGGGAGGCAGAGGCAGGCAGAUCUCUGAGUUCACGGCCAGCCUGGCCUACAUAGUGAGUUCCAGGACAGCUGGGGCUACAGGGAGACCCUGUCUCAAAAAGACCAAAAAAACAAAAACAACAACAACAAAAAAAAACCUUUGGGUUAUAAUAGAAUAAUGAAUUUAGAAGACCUUAAAAAUGUUAAUAGUGAACAAAUUGAGAAGCAUUUAAAAUAGAGUGCUUGCCUGUUCUGUCACUUCACAUGAACUUGAGAACUUUCUGUGCAGACAGACAGCUGCCUUAAACGGAGAUCCCGGAACUGCUUUGGUGCAGAGGGCGAGCCCCAGUCAAAGCUUAGGUAGGAUGGGAGUAGAGAUGUUCCAAUAAGUUCCACUGGCAACAGAUUGGCCUCAUGAACUGAAAUGUGGCAACUGCUCUUUAGACUUAUAAGUGUUGAAGUUGCUGUUUUAAGCAUUUGUACAUGCUAGAAGUCUAAGAGGUGAUCAGUUGUUUAAUGGACCCUUCUCACCUGGUAUUACCACUUGCAAGCUCUCUCUCUCUCUCUCUCUCUCUCUCUCUCUCUCAUUAGUACUAGCAGGGAAAUCAUGCUCCCUUAGCCAGGAACAGAAUUCUGCCACCAUCUCGCUCCUAACCUGCCUCUGUCCUUGCCCCUCAAAGUUUUUAGUGUCUAUGUGUCAGCUGGGAGCCAUUUUUCAGUAGUCCUUCUUUACCCUGGGCUUUUAAAAGAUGUCUCUAUCUGGGUAGCCUAAGAUCCAUUUCUUUAGUAAGUCCUCUUCCAAAGAGAUGCUGAUAUGCUGGAAAUCUGCUUUAAAGAAAAAAAUGAUUUUUACAAAGAAGUUUUUAUUCCCAUUUCCCUUUACAGUUCUGCAGUUCCAUCACAGUAUUUUUUUUAAAUAACUCAGGUGUUAUGAAAAGAACUAGAAAACAAAAUAAUUUAUGUCAUGUGGACUGUAAAUGUUUUAUUUGUAAACUUCUAUAAAUAAAGCUAUAUUCUGUAAUGGUU